UGUUUUUUUUUGUCAGGCAUUCAAACCACGUCUUUAGCUUGCAAGUACAGCUGGUAAAUCUAAAAUAUCCCAUUUCUCCGAUAAUCUUCUAUCCUUGCACAAAACCCCGCAUCACAAUCCACGGCAACACAACUCCUGAUCACGACAACAUUUCCGAGAUAACCGUAAAUCAUUUAGACAAGUCAAAACGAUGUCGUCCGGGGACUUGGGCUGCGUGAUAGUCGCAGUAGACAGCAGCGAGGAGAGCAUGAACGCCCUCAAUUGGGCCAUCCGCAACGUCAAGCUCCGGCCCACCGACGGCCAUCUCCUCAUCCUCCACGUUCAAUCUCCACCGUCCAUCGCCACCGGCCUCAAUCCCGGCGCCAUCCCCUUCGGCGGCCCCAGUGAUCUGGAGGUUCCGGCUUUUAAUGCGGCGAUCGAGAAGCAUCAGAAGCGCAUUUCAGAUGCGAUUAUCAGUCAUGCUGUUGAAAUUUGCUCUGAAAAUAAUGUGAGCUAUAAGACGCAAGUUGUAAUUGGGGAUCCAAAGGAGAAAAUUUGUCAAGUUGUGGAAGAUCUGCAUGCUGAUUUACUUGUAAUCGGUUGCCGUGCUUUUGGUCCUAUUAAACGGAUAUUUUUGGGAAGUGUAAGCAACUAUUGCUCCAACCAUGCUGUGAGCCCAGUUAUGAUAGUCAAGAGCACUUCUUAAAAAGAUGUUUCCGGUCAAGUUCUACUAUGGAGAAAAGUACAUUCUAUACUUGAAUUGCGUGCAGAUUGCCACAUCUCUACCAUCACUUGUUUGUUUUUGAAAGCAGUUUAGAGUGAAAUGUGAGUCUUGAUAUGUUCCAGUUUGUAAAUUUAGUCCUUUGAUUGUUUGUGUGAACUUGGCUGGCAAAUCCUGCAGUUGGAUGCAUCACGGUGGAUGUCUCUCUGUUAGUCUACAGCGUUGUGGCAUUGUAUAGAACAUAGAUUUUAAUAUUUGCUUGUUAGAUAUGCAGAUAUGCGUCAAUGUAUAAUGUUAAUAAAGUCGAUUUCGACAUCUCAUCAUUUUAUGA